CCCCCCCGGAUUGACCCUAGACAGAGUUUUGCGGACUCCCGCGGGCCGUGCAUGGACCACCAUGGCCUGGACCAAGUACCAGCUGUUCCUGGCCGGGCUCAUGCUCAUCACUGGCUCCAUCAACACGCUGUCGGCCAAGUGGGCAGACAACUUCACAGCAGAGGGCUGCGGAGGGAGCAAGGAGCACCCCUUCAAGCACCCCUUCCUCCAGGCUGUGGGCAUGUUCCUGGGAGAGUUCUCCUGUCUCGCUGCCUUCUUCCUGCUCCGGUGCAGAUCCACAGGGCAGUCAGACUCCAAUGUGGACCUUCAGCAGCCCUUCAAUUCCCUUAUUUUCCUGCCCCCAGCCCUCUGUGACAUGACGGGGACCAGCCUCAUGUAUGUGGCCCUGAACAUGACCAGUGCCUCCAGCUUCCAGAUGUUACGAGGUGCUGUGAUCAUAUUUACCGGCCUGUUUUCAGUGGCUUUCUUGGGCCGGAGGCUGGCACCAAGCCAGUGGCUGGGUAUCCUGGCCACUAUCGCAGGGCUAGUUGUCGUGGGCCUGGCUGACCUUCUGAGCAAGGACAACAGUCAGCACAAGCUCAGUGAAGUGAUCACAGGGGACCUGUUGAUCAUCAUGGCCCAGAUCAUCGUUGCGAUCCAGAUGGUGCUUGAGGAGAAGUUCAUCUACAAACACAACGUGCACCCACUUCGGGCAGUGGGCACUGAAGGCUUCUUUGGCUUCGUGAUCCUCUCCUUGUGCCUGGUCCCCAUGUACUACAUCCCCGCUGGCUCCUUCAGUGGAAACCCUCAAGGGACGCUGGAGGAUGCUCUGGAUGCCUUCUGCCAGGUGGGCCGGCAACCUCUAAUCGCUGUGGCAUUGCUGGGCAACAUCAGCAGCAUUGCCUUCUUCAACUUUGCCGGCAUCAGCGUCACCAAGGAAAUGAGCGCCACUACCCGCAUGGUGCUGGACAGCUUGCGCACCGUGGUCAUCUGGGCCGUGAGCCUGGCACUGGGCUGGGAGACCUUCCACCCACUGCAGAUCCUCGGCUUCCUCAUCCUCCUCACCGGCACUGCCCUCUACAAUGGGCUGCACCGCCCACUGCUAUCCUGCCUGUCCAGGGGCUGGCGCCCCACCCAAGAGGGUGAACAUGAGAGACUGCUGGGUGACAGCCGGACUCCCAUCAAUGAAGCCAGCUGAGCCUCCCUUUGGGCCUCUGCUGUUCCUUCAUCUGAAGACUGAGGCCAUGAGGACUGGUGGGCUUUAGUGCCCCAUCCCCGAGGCCUCACCCUGCUCCCGCUUUCUGCCCUCCUCCCAGGGCAGCUGCUGUCAGAGAAGAUAACAUCCAGGCCCUUUUUUGUCCCCAGAGACCACAGGUGUGGGACCCAGCCCCCACCAGCCUGUGCAUAGUGACUCCCCUCAGCUCUACAAUCCUAAUAUGUCUGAAUCAUAAACUAGACUGCCAUGAUAGAUUAUCUAGUUUAUGAACUAUAAGCUUCCAGAAGAAAAGUCAUUGAAUCAGUGUGCAGAUUUAAACCAGAACUAACCACUGGUUGGUUUGUUUUUUCAUUUUCAGUACCAGGACUUGAACUCAGGGGUCUUGUACUAUUUCUGAGCUUCCUUACUCCUGGCUUGCACUACCACUUGAGCCAAGCUUCCAGUAUGGCAUCUUUUUGCAGGGUAAUUGGAGAUAGUCUCUUGAACUUUUCUGCCUGGGUUGGCUUCAAAGCUGUGUUCUUCCAGGUCUUAGCCUCCUGAGUAGCUAGAAUUUCAGGUAUGAGGCACAGCACACGGCAAUCAUUGUAUUUUCUAAAACCUGGAAGAUAUUCCGUAAACCUGGCAGAAGACCUGGCUGUCCUCCCGGACUCCCCAGCAAACUCCAUGUGUCUUCCAUCUGUCUGCUCUGGAACAUAUGAGACCAUACUAUGGUCUGGACACCUUCCAAUCCAGCAUUCUGUGUGCCUCUGGUUGUGACCCGUGUGAGAAAAGAAGAGCAGCUCUGUAAGCCUCCCUCCUCAUCCUCAUUCGCAAGACCUCCCUGCCUGAGAGACUGUAAACGGAGUUCCAGGCAUCCUGGAAUCAUCUUUCUAUGAGUCUCUCUCUCCUUUCUCCUCUUUCCGUUCUCUUCUCUGUCUCCUCUUCACCUCUCUUCUCUUUCUGUCUU